CUAAAAAAAAAAAAAAAAAAAAAAUCCUCCCUUCCAUAUUUUUCUUACAAAAAAACAUGAUGCGUGUUCGGGUACUACUCAGCCUAACUGUGGUAACGGUGUUGCUCACAUCUCCACCGUCCGUGAUCGGAUGGAGGCCGUGGCCCCACCAAACCAACGGCUCAGAUCAAAUCUUGAGCGGGUCCAAGAAAUACGAAGGCUCGUCGGAGCUCGUCCACCUCCGUUACCACAUGGGUCCCGUUCUCACCACCAACAUCACCGUACACCCAAUCUGGUACGGCACGUGGCAGAAAUCCCAGAAAAGAAUCAUCCGUGAGUUCAUCAACUCAAUCUCAGCCGUUGGAUCUAAACGCCCCUCCGUCGCCGGAUGGUGGAAGACCGUACAGCUCUACACCGACCAAACCGGCUCCAACAUUACCGGUACGGUCCGGUUAGGCGAAGAGAAAAACGACCGGUUCUACUCUCACGGCAAAUCCCUCACCCGGUUAUCGAUCCAGUCCGUUAUAAAAUCCGCCGUCACGGCGAAAUCUCGGCCGUUACCUGUGAACGCAAGGAGUGGUCUCUAUCUCCUCCUCACAUCUGCUGACGUGUACGUUCAGGAUUUCUGCGGGCAAGUCUGUGGGUUCCACUAUUUCACUUUCCCAUCGAUCGUAGGGUUCACACUUCCUUACGCCUGGGUUGGGAACUCGGCGAAGUAUUGUCCAGGUGUGUGCGCGUAUCCUUUUGCCGUACCGGAUUAUAUCCCGGGGUUAACGCCGUUAAAGUCGCCUAACGGAGACGUUGGAAUUGACGGCAUGAUAAGCGUGAUCGGUCACGAGAUUGCCGAGCUGGCGACGAACCCGUUGGUGAACGCCUGGUACGCGGGUCCGGAUCCGGUGGCGCCGGUGGAAAUAGCGGACUUGUGCGAGGGUAUUUAUGGAACUGGAGGUGGUGGGUCGUACAUGGGACAACUAAUGAACGAUCGCGAUGGCGCCACGUAUAACAUGCACGGCAUCCGACGGCGGUAUUUGGUUCAGUGGGUCUGGAACCAUUUUGUUAAUUAUUGUACUGGCCCCAAUGCGCUCGAUCAAUAAGGGUAGUUUUGUCUUUUUAUUUGUUUCGGGAUGCGGCUUGUUGGGGUUUUCCAUAGCAUGUUAGUAAUGUUAGUUUUAACUUUUGUUAAAAUUUAAUGAUAUUAUUUAUGCAUUAAUGUAUA